AUGAUCUCCCAUGAGUUCCUACAUUAUCUCAAAAACAAAAGACUUGGGAAAGAGGGUUUUAUGGCUGUGAAACUAGAUAUGUCAAAAGCUUAUGACAGGGUAGAAUGGGGAUUUCUGGAAGCGGUAAUGCAGAAGAUGGGUUUCAAUGAAACAUGGAGGAGCUGGAUAAUGAGUUGCAUUUCUUCGGUUUCCUACUCCUUUAUGAUCAACGGAGAGGUGAAGGAAUACGUGAUACCACAGAGGGGAAUUAGACAGGGUGAUCCGCUGUCACCCUAUCUAUUCCUGCUUUGCUCUGAAGGUUUCACUAAUCUCCUUCAGAAGGCAGCAACAGAUAGAAGAAUGGAAGGCAUGCGAAUCAGUAGACAAGGGCCUCGGUUAACCCACUUGUUUUUUGUAGAUGAUUCCCUGAUCUUUUGUAAAGCUGACUAUCAAAAUGCUUCAGAGCUGAGGAGGAUACUCCAGGUGUACGAAAGAGGCACUGGACAGCUGAUCAACCUAGAAAAAUCCUCAGUCAUUUUUAGUACGAAUCUGGAACAGGAAGCCAAGGUGGAAGUUUGCCAAGCACUCGGAAAUAUCCAGAAGGCCAAUCAAGGCAAGUACCUGGGACUCCCUAUGGUGGUCACAGGUUCGAAACAACAACUGUUUGGCUAUAUUAGAGAUAAUAUCCAACAGAGGUUGAAAAAAUGGAAAAACAAGCUGUUAAGUGCGGCAGGCAAAGAGGUGAUGCUCAAAUCUGUUGUAAUGGCAAUGCCAACGUAUACGAUGUCUUGCUUCAAAAUACCAAAGCAGAUAUGCAAAGAGGUUAAUGCGGUGAUGGCAAACUACUGGUGGGGUGAAGCAAAUGGAAGGAACAAGAUGCACUGGAGAGCUUGGGAUAAAAUGUCACUGGACAGAAAGGAAGGAGGUUUGGGUUUUCAUGAGCUAGGGGCAUUCAAUACAGCUCUACUGGGUAAGCAAGUUUGGAGGCUAAUCACACAACCAAAUCUGUUGGUUAGUAAAGUGCUUAAGGACAAAUACCAUCCCAAACAAUCGCUGCUGAAGUGCAAAGUAGCUGGGAAUGCAUCUUGGAUUUGGAAGGGUCUGAUGGGAGCAAGGCAACUGGUAGAGCUAGGAAUCAGGAGAAGAAUAGGCAAUGGGAAGAGUACCAAUAUAUGGGAGGAUAGCUGGUUGCCGGAUAACCAUCAAGGAAAGGUUAUUUCACAGAAACCACAGGGAUGUAAUCUGCUUAAAGUAGAGGAGCUGAUCAUCCAGAAGAGAUGGAACAAAAAUCUGAUUUUCAAAAACUUUAGUGCCAAGGAGGCAGAGUGCAUUCUAAGCAUCCCCAUAAGCCUAACCAACAGAGAGGACAGCAAUUACUGGGUUCACAGCUCAAAUGGGAACUAUACAGUGAGAUCAGCCUACAAAGUACAAGCUGAAGGUCUGAUGGAACGGGAGCAGGUAAACAAGGAGGUAACUGGUACAAGCUGGAGCUCGAAUAGGAAAAAAUGCUGGAAGCACCUGUGGAAGCUGAAUAUAAAAAAUAAGGUGAAGAUUUUCUUAUGGAAAUGCCUGAACCAGGUGUUACCAGUUAGACAACUCAUCUUUGAUAGAACCAAACAAGGUGAUCCAAUAUGCAGAAAUUGUGGUGAGCAAGGUGAGACGAUUGAGCAUGCUCUGCUUGAUUGCAGCCAGGUCAAAGUAGUGUGGAAAAUGUCACCUAUUCAGUGGGAAGGCCUACUAGAUCAGCAUGGUAACUUUAGUAGGUGGUGGGAUACAUUGCUGGAAGCUACCAAGAGGAUUGAGGGAAACAAACACAUCUCCCUAACAGCGAAUAUUCUAUGGCAAAUCUGGAAAGGUAGAAAUGCAAAGGAGUUCAAUGCUAAGCAGUACCCCCCUCUGAGAAUAAUACAAAAAGCUCAGGAGGAAUGGUUGGAGUAUGAAGAGGCAGCGACAAAGACUUUAAGGUCGAGUACAGAAGGAACAAGGGAACUGAUGGAACCCCCCCAGCACCAGGAAGAAAUGGAAGACAUUCUGAGAUUAAGGUUUGCAGCAGAAAGAAGUAAAGUCACGCCUCAAGUGGGAAUAGGAGUCACAGUCUCUAGGGACAAUCAAAACAUGAUGCGAGGCUGGACCUUACAAGAAAGAAGCUCCGGUCACCAAGUCAUAGACGAACUAACAGCCAUCAAACUUCUGCUGUGUAAAGCUGCUGGUCAACAAAUGGAAAGGAUUGAAGUGCAAAUCCAGAACAAACGAACGUACAAUCUCAUUCAGCAAAGGAAAGUUCAGGAUAUGCGCAUGGUCACUCUGUUGGAGGAUAUUGACAGCCUUCAGUCCUUGUUCCACAUGUGCUCUUUUUGUUUAGUAAAUUGGAAUAGUAACCAUAUUAGUCACUGGUUUAGCGUGCAAGCGCUUGAAUUGAUAGAGGAUCAGGAAUUUUGGAUUCCUCAGUGUUAG